CUGAAAAUACAGUGCAUAAAGAUGAGUACAGCUUUGGAAAAUGGGGCCGGCGACCGUAGACCGGCUCCCAAGCAGAAGACCAUUGAGGGUAUUUAUCAAAAGAAAUCACAGUUGGAACAUAUUUUAUUGCGUCCGGAUACCUAUAUUGGAUCUGUGGAACCAGUAAUGGAAAUGAUGUGGGUCUUUGACAAGGAGAAAGAUAUGAUGGUUCAAAAGGAUAUUAAGUAUGUUCCUGGAUUAUACAAAAUUUUUGAUGAGAUUCUGGUAAAUGCUGCUGAUAAUAAGCAGCGCGAUCCAAAGAUGGACAUGAUCAAGAUUGAUAUUGAUUCUGAAAAUAACACUAUUUCCGUGUGGAACAACGGGAAAGGUAUUCCUGUAGUAAUACAUAAAGAGGAGAAUAUGUAUGUACCUACCAUGAUAUUUGGCCAUCUUUUGACAUCAUCAAAUUAUGAUGAUGAAGAGGAAAAGGUGACUGGUGGCAGAAAUGGUUAUGGCGCCAAAUUGUGUAAUAUUUUUAGUCAUCGUUUUACCGUUGAGACAGCUACAAAGGAAUACAAGAAAUGUUUGAAGCAAACAUGGGGCAAUAAUAUGGAAAAAGCUAGCGAACCUAGGAUUAAAGAAUAUCAUGGAGAAGAUUUCACCAAGGUCACAUUUUCGCCAGACUUGACAAAGUUUAAAAUGCAAUCUCUUGACAAUGAUAUUGUGUCUCUUAUGUCUCGAAGAGCAUAUGAUGUAGCUGCAUCCAGCAAGGGCGUCAAGGUUUAUCUCAACGGAAGCCGUAUUCCAAUAAAGAAUUUUAAGGAUUAUGUUGAUUUUUACAUUAAAGGGAAAGAGGAUGAUGUUGGUAACUCGUUGAAAAUUGUAUAUGAGAAUUGUGGUCCACGCUGGGAAAUUGCUCUCACUUUAUCUGACAAAGGAUUUCAGCAAAUGUCAUUUGUAAAUAGUAUCGCGACAACGAAGGGUGGCAGACACGUCGAUCACGUGACCGAGUUAAUAGUCAAACAAUUGAUAGAAACAUUGAAGAAGAAAAAUAAGGCUGGCAUAGCCAUUAAACCGUUUCAAAUCAAGAAUCACAUGUGGAUUUUUGUCAAUUGUCUAAUCAACAAUCCUACCUUUGACUCACAAACUAAAGAGAACAUGACUCUACAGGCGAAAAGUUUCGGCUCCAAAUGCACGCUCACCGAUAAGUUUAUCGCUUCAAUUACGAAAAUCGGAGUUGUGGAGGCAGUGCUAACCUGGGCGAAGUUUAAAGCCGAUAGCCAACUUGAGAAAUUGGGUCCUAAGUCAAAACAAAGAAAACUUCAUGGUAUACCAAAAUUGGAGGACGCCAAUGAUGCAGGAACUGGAAAGUCAUUGGAAUGCACUCUCAUAUUAACUGAGGGAGACUCAGCCAAAACAAUGGCUGUGUCCGGUAUCGCUUCCAUAGGCAGAGAUAAAUAUGGCAUAUUUCCAUUAAGAGGCAAAAUGUUAAACGUAAGGGAGGCUACUCACAAACAAAUCUUGGAAAAUGCUGAGAUCAACAAUUUGAUCAAAAUCCUUGGUCUUCAAUACAAAAAAAAAUACGAGAGUCGAGAUGAUUUAAAAACAUUGCGCUAUGGAAAGAUGAUGAUUAUGACUGAUCAGGAUCAGGAUGGUUCACAUAUCAAAGGUCUCUUGAUUAAUUUUAUCCAUCACAAUUGGCCAUCAUUGUUGCAAUUAAAUUUUGUCGAAGAGUUCAUUACGCCUAUCGUGAAGGCUACUAAGGGUAGCCAAAGUUUAUCUUUCUUCUCAUUGCCAGAAUUUGAAGCAUGGAAGAAGGAUACAGAAAAUUUUCACACAUAUAAAAUCAAAUACUACAAAGGUUUGGGUACUUCCACCGCCAAAGAGGCGAAGGAGUACUUUGAAAAUAUGGCCAGACACAGAAUACGCUUUCGAUACGAGGGCGACAGAGACGAUCAAAACAUCAUCAUGGCAUUCAGUAAGAAAUGCGUCGAUCAACGUAAGGAUUGGCUGAUGAACCAUAUGAAUGAAACAAAGAGGCGAAAGGAGAUCGGCCUCGGUGAACGUUAUCUUUAUGAAAAGGACACACGCACUGUCUCCUUUUCGGACUUUAUCAAUGUCGAGCUGGUAUUAUACAGUAAUUACGACAACGUAAGGUCCAUACCGAAUAUGAUUGACGGCUUUAAACCGGGCCAGAGGAAAGUGAUAUUUACCUGUUUAAAACGGAAUGACAAACGUGAAGUAAAAGUGGCGCAAUUGGCGGGCUCGGUCGCCGAGCACUCAGCUUAUCACCACGGCGAGACAUCUUUGAUGGCGACUAUAAUUAAUCUUGCUCAGAAUUUCGUCGGCAGCAACAAUAUUAAUCUUCUACAGCCUAUUGGUCAAUUCGGUACAAGACUCGCUGGAGGAAAAGACGCUGCCAGUCCGAGAUAUAUUUUCACGAUGCUUAGCCCACUAGCAAGGUAUAUAUUUCACAAACACGACGACGCCCUAUUAAAACACGAAUACGAUGAUAAUCAAAAGAUUGAACCUGUAUUUUACGUACCUGUGAUUCCUAUGAUAUUGAUAAACGGCGCCGACGGCAUCGGCACCGGAUGGAUGACAAAGAUUCCGAACUACAAUCCUCGUGAAAUUAUUGAGAAUCUACAUAGGAUGAUGGACGGCGCGGAUCCAAAACCCAUGUCACCAUACUACAAAAAUUUCAAAGGCGUCGUGGAGAGUUGUGGCGAUUAUCGUUACGUUAUAAGCGGAGAAAUAUCAGUAAUUGGACCAGAUAAGCUGGAAAUCACUGAACUUCCUAUCGGUACAUGGACACAAACAUAUAAGGAAACUGUGUUGGAACCCAUGUUACAUGGAACUGAUAAAACACCAGCUGUCAUCACGGAUUACAAAGAGUACAAUACAGAUACGGCAGUGCACUUUAUAGUAAUUUUAAAUCGUGAUAAAUUAUUGGAGCUAGAAAGAGAGGGUCUUCAUAAAGCGUUUAAACUCCAAACAACUACGACAAUAACGUCCAUGUGCGCAUUCGACGAAAAUCAAUGUUUGAACAAAUACGAAAAUGUGGUACAGAUAUUGAAAGUGUUUUAUAAAGUACGUCUAGAGAAUUAUCACAAGAGGAAAGAUUACCUAGAAGGGAUUUUAAAAGCGGAAUCAGCCAAGCUGUCAAAUCAGGCUCGCUUCAUUCUCGAGAAGUGCGACGGCACUUUAGUGAUAGAAAAUAAAAAGAAAAAGGACAUGAUAGCGGAAUUGAUCAGACGCAAUUACGAUUCGGAUCCGGUCAUAGUUUGGAAAUUAUCACAAGAUAGGGAGCAAGUAUUGGAAGAUCAAGAAGAAGUAGUGAACGAUGACGGUGACGAGACUACUCCGACUGCAACGGCGAUAGAGAAAGAGAAUUUUGAUUAUCUUCUCGGAAUGACUAUGUGGAGUCUGACGAAAGAAAAAAAGGAUGAUUUAUUGCGACAACGGGACGAAAAGAUAGGGGAGUUAAAGAGACUGCAAUCCCGCACCCCGAUCUCUUUAUGGAAAGAGGAUCUGGACAAUUUGUUGGCUGAGUUAAAUAAGUUGGAAGAAAAGGAGCAGAAGGAAGACAACAAAUCGAAACGAAACGACAAAAAACCGCCUUCUAGAUUCUAUAAAAAUGAAGAUACUCGUCGCAUAAUUCCCGUCAUUGACAUUGAAUUGAAGAAGAAGAUAGAAAAGGCGGACAUCGUAUCGAAGGAUAAGAAGGAAGGUAUAAUAAAGAAGUCGAGGACAAAGAAAGAACCAAUCUCUGUGGAGGAGAAAAACGAAUUUGAUGCGUUAGCUGAUGCUAAUUUCAAACCUCUCGACGAUAGGCUUGGAAUGUCUCCCGAGAAAUUAGAAAAGAAAGCAGCUGCAAAAAAAGGUUUGAAGCAAUCGACGUUGCAGUUCAAGCCGAUCAAAAAAGGAGCGAAGAAGAAGAACAAAGAUUCGGACGAUAGUGACGACAUCGAUUUCGGUAGCAUUUCGCCACUUCCACAACGGUCGACUCGCAGAGUUACAGCCAAGAAGAAUUUUUAUAAUUACGAGGACAUGAACAGUGAAGAUUCGAACGAUGACAAUCGCGAUAUGUUCAAUCCCUCUUCUGACUCCGAACAAGUAUCCAAUAAGAAAGAUUUUAUUGUGGCAUUAAGCGAUUCCGACGACAACUUUAAACCAAGCAAGAAACCGCCCCAACCAACACCAACUUCGGAAGAACUAUUCGAUUCGUUAGUCGGCAAUUCUUCUUUGGAAAACCAACAAAAACCUAAUAUAAUAUCCUCGUCCGGGGAAGACUCUCCUGUAAAGUUUACGCCGCCUAAAAAGGCACCUGCUAAGAAGAAAACCGAGAACGACAAAGGAAUGAAAAGAAAGGCGAAGAAAAAGUCAAAAUCGUCCGAAGAUUCCGACACGGACGAGAUAUUUACUAAGCAAACUCAGACGAAGAAGAAAAGAAAGAAAUCUGAUUCCGACGAAGACGUGGUAACGGAUGAUUCGCCAUUACUGCCGCCACGCAAGACAGUCGGUCGAGUUCGGAAGCCUAUAUCUUACGCGGUCAAGUCGGACGAUGAAGACUCAGAUUGAACGUUGUCUUGUUCGCGCCUUGCCGAAGACGAGUGUGAUCGACUAAAGUAUAGUUUAAAGCGUAAAUCUAUCAAAGCAAGGCGAAUGGGAUCGUUAUGAAGAGACAAGUUUCAUCACACAAAUUUAGAAAGAUUUUAUCUUCACUGAGAAUGUCGGUCGUGACACUAGUAGUAAUUUUACGUGGAGUGCGUACUGGAAUCUGCCAAACGCGUAUUAAAAAUGUUUGUCAAAGUAUUUAAUCGAAUUAUAACUCGGAAGAUUUACUCGAGCGACAUUCAAAUUGAGGUCUUUUUGGAAAAAACACUUGCAACCUUGUAUAUAUAAGUUUACUACUCGAAUAUGCAUAGUGUUGUAAAUGCGAGUAGAGUUUCGCGUAACUAAUAAACGCUGUGGACGGCGCUACAGGACGUAUAGGUGUAUUCAGAAUAUUCACACGAAUCUCAUCGCGUGAUUUGAGUCCUUCCCAAAAAGUUUGUCUAUUAACGAAGAUUGUAUAUUGUGUUAUAUUUAUGAUAUAUCAAUUAUUUCACAUGUUUAAUGUCGUCCUCUUAAAAAAAAAAAAAAAAAAAAAAAAAAAAAAAAAAAAAAAAAGUUACAAAAAAACACGAAAUCAGUUGAGAAAAUACGUGGCUCAUAUCUUGCGAAGAGAACGUCCAGCACUGUCUACGCUAGAUAGAUUAAUUAGCACCGCGCAUUGCGAAGGGAGCGGUCCUUUCCAGAAAUCACGAUUAUCGCACAAUCGUUGCACACACAGUCGUGUUACACUUCUCGCCGCCGAAAUCUCAUUUGUCUUCGGUAAAACUUGAAUAAAAAAGAGACGUAUACUGAUCCCGGAAAAUGUUUUAUAAAAAAUGAAAAGAAAGAAAAAUAUGAAAUAUACACAAUUUUUAAAUAUAUUUUUACAUACGCGUCACAAUAUGGUUUUUUUUCAGGUUAUCUAAAAGACUAAAGAAAAUUAUAUAUACACAGCGGUAAAUGUCUAUUAUACAUAUAUACAUAGAACGGAUCUUACGGCUAAUGCGGCGCUCAAAUAUCGGUUAAGCGAAAACUGUCGGACGUUUUAUUUUUAACUUUAUACUGACCACACGUAGAAUAAAAUAAGUUCACUUCGUGCUCGUUUUUCAAUGUAAGUAACAAAGAAGUUUGUAGAUUUUAAAAUGCUGAGCGCGAGAGUCCAUACGAUAUAACAAGAACAGAGAAUCGUAAUUGAAACUACAGUCAGGAAAAAGAUCGACGUGAAGAAGCGAUAGCUAUAAUUAAUUUCCCUGAUAUAAUUAGGUUCCUCCUCCUCUCUUGUGUACAAUUGAUAUUUUUUCGCAAUUAUAUAAUUCAUAUAUGAAAUUGAGGAAUAAUUGACUUUCGCGGUUAUUGGUGUUCAUUAAAAUUCAAUUUCUGACUGUACAUACAUCUACUAGCUCUGUGUAAUCGUUCAUUCGUAGAAUAAGAACAAGAAGAAUUAAUGAUUGCAAUUAGCGCGGCGAUCUUGCACUUGCUAAAGUGAGUAUAUCUUAAUACAGAGAGCAGAUUAUAUAAAUUUUCGAAACCACUGGACCAUAUCCCUUGCGCGCGCGCGUUCUCAGUCUAAUCAAUACUUUGUAUAUCUUCAGCAAUUUUCAUUUUUAUAUAAUUCGCAUACACGAAAUAGGUAUAUAUAUCAAUAAAAUGUUUUAUCUUUU